CUUUUGGUUCGGUCGGCGGCAGCACAUAACGGUUAAGGUGUUGGAAAAACAAACAAAAACAGUGAUCGCGAGUGCAAUAAUCAAAAAUUUCAAAGAAAAUCUAUCACAAAAUCCAUAUAAAAAGUUUACAUAAACAAACCCCUGCCGCAAGAUCGGUGGAUAUACGGUUAAACAAAAUAAUAAUAUAAAAAAAAUCUAUCAAAAAACCACAAAAAUCGCUUAAAAAUACAUCAAUCUGUGCGUGAGUGUGUUUCGCGUUUGUUUUUCUGUGUGCGUGGGUCGCACUCCUCUGAUCCAUUCGAUUUGCUCUGUCAACCAACGUUCCUUCUUAUAAGCUGAACCUAAAUCCGAGGCUCUCGGCUCUCUCUGUGUGUGUGUGUUUCCUUUCGUGCGCUUUGUUUCAGGCACGUAAAUCUGUCUCCCUCUCUGUCUCUAACCACGGUUUCGCGUUUACGGGCCCUAAUCAACCUGCUGAUCCCCUCCAGAGGGUUAAGCACACACACCGACACAUACAGCCAUAACGAAAGACGGAGAGAGAGAGAUAGCUAUCCUGCUUCGAUCAAGAUUAUGCGCCUAAUUUGAAGCUGUAAUUAAUUUGAAGAUACCCUAAUAAAAAGAGUGAACACCACGGAGAAGCGGAUAACCAGAGGCAGAGAAUAGAGCCGAAGCACACGAAAAUUCUACCUUCUACCACAUUUUUGAGGGGCGUUUGUCUAUACCCGGCGCUAUUUUAUUAACCCCCCCACCGCCGAUGCCUUCACAAUAUGGAAUUGGCGAUAUGUAAAACAGAUCUAUCUGCCACAAAGUUUAUGCUGCCACCACCAGCGUUGCCCCCCGCAUCCAACACCAUUGCCACAGGAGGAGGAGCCGCCGCAGGUGGAACACACGCUUCGUCGUCCGUUGCACAGUUUUCCUUUCCCCACAACCUCAACGAACUGUUCAACGGCUUCAACGCUGGUCAUCUGUUCAAAUCGCAGCCAAAUAGCAGCAGCCACAACACUUUGUGCCACAAUUCCACCACAGUCAGCAUUCAUCCAUCGGUGGUGCCAUCGAUUUUGAAUAGCAAUAACUCCAACAGCAACAUGAGGCUCAAGAAGAACCGAAAGGUUACAUUUAUAACGAGUUUAGUGGCGUCGAAAAACAUAUUCAUCAAAGAGGAGCCCAUCAACGGGUGCAAGGAUCUGCCGCGUACAAUCUGCAGUUUAUCGGAUAUUUCAGAUCAUGAAGCCUCCUUGGAUGUGCCCACUGCCUUGCCACCCCUUACGCCGGGCACCAAUCGCAAGGUCAACGAGGUGCUCAAGGCCAGCUUUGCAUCCUGGGAGAAGGAGGUGCAAAAGUACAACAUAACCAAAGAUCCCCGUGAGUGGACGGAGGAGCAUGUCAUCUAUUGGCUGAAUUGGGCCAAGAACGAGUUCUCGCUGGUCUCCAUGAACCUCGAUCCCUUCUAUAAGAUGACGGGUCGUGCCAUGGUCGAGUUGGGAAAGGAGAAAUUCCUGGCCAUUACGCCGCCCUUCACCGGCGACAUACUGUGGGAGCAUUUGGAUAUCCUACAGAAAGAUUGCGAGAAGCCAAAUGAGGAUAUUGUGCACGGCAACUCCUUUGAGUCGUCGGCCACCACUGCCUCGGUCUGUGGAUCGGACCAUCAGGUAGCCCCCAAUUACCCCACGUCGAACACGGGUGGCACCGAGGGUACACCCAACUCCUCGCAAACGGCGGGGCUCUCCAGUAAUAAUACCAGCAAUAAUACCAAUAACAACAACAACAAUAGCCGCCUGUCCUCAAUGGAUUAUGUGACGGGAGCGGGCAACAGUGAUAAAAGCAGCUUCCAUCCAGCAUCCUCCCAGCACAAUGGCUACAGCAGCAACGCACAUGAACGCCCCAACAACAGCCCGCCCCCGCAACAACAACAACAGCAGCAGCAGCAGCAGAAUGGCAACACGAACAACAGCAGUGGCAACAGCAGCAACAAUUCGAUGCUGCCACCGGCUGUGCAGCAACAAAGCUCCAGCGACAGCAACAAUACCAGCAACAACAACAAUAACAAUAACAACAACAACAAUACGAAUCCAAACAACAAUAAUAAUAACAAUAACAACAAUAACAUUAAUUACCAAUUGGCCGCCAUGGCCGCCAUCUACCAGCAUCAGCAUCAUAUGAAAGAGGAACCGGGAACGCAAAACGGAAGCGGCGGCAGCGGUGGAUCCUAUGCGGCAGGAGGGCCCAAUGGCAGCCAGAACGAUCCCACCGAUCUCAGUAGCUAUGGCCUGCCACCGCAUCUGGCCGCCGCCUAUAGCGCAGGUGGCAGUGGCAGCAGCAGCGGGGGAGGAGGAGGCACCGCCUCCACUGGGGCGGCUGGGGAUGACAGCGAUUACCAUAGCACCAUCUCGGCGCAGGAGCACCAGAGCCAGGCCUCGAGCGGAGGCAACGGCAGUGGCAACAACAGCACCGGCAACAGCAAUGGCUACGGCAUGGAUGGCAGUCCGGAUUUUUACAACUCGUACGGACGGGGACGAUUCCACGACUAUCCGCCAGAGUUUACGCCAUACGAUGCCCAGCCCUUCCAGUCGAUGGGCGCGCAACAGACGGCCAUGGAUCAGUGGGGGGCACACACGCAUCCCCAUCCGGCGGCGUACAUGAGCACCCUGGGGCUGGACAAGUCACUGCUCGGUGGCUACACGACGCAGGGCGGAGUGCCGUGCUUCACGGGCUCGGGGCCCAUCCAGCUGUGGCAGUUUCUGCUCGAGCUGCUGCUGGACAAGACGUGCCAGAGCUUCAUCUCGUGGACAGGCGAUGGCUGGGAGUUUAAGCUAACAGAUCCAGAUGAGGUGGCACGUCGCUGGGGCAUACGCAAGAACAAGCCCAAGAUGAACUACGAGAAGCUGAGUCGCGGCCUGAGGUACUACUACGAUAAGAACAUCAUCCACAAGACGGCGGGCAAGCGCUAUGUCUACCGCUUUGUCUGUGAUCUCCAGAAUCUAGUUGGCCACACCCCUGAGGAGCUGGUGGCCAAGUACGAUCUGAAGAUUGAGAAGAAGGAUGUGGACUAGCAGGAGAGCAGCACGGAAGCUGCCUAAAAAGAAGAAUUGCAGGCAGCAGCAGCAGCAGCGCAGCAGCAGUUGGAGCAGCCGUCGAAGAGAAUUGAGAGUCAGAGGCUGCUCCCCACAACAGCAGCAGCAGCAGCAGCCACGGAUUGUACUCAACAAAAAACAGAGAAAUAUAUUGUUUUAAUCAGCGUGAUGUUAGCUUUUAAGCAGCAGUACCACCCACACAAAGCCACCCACCAGCCCCCCUGCCCCCAAGAACUGCGAUCUUGCAACGAGAUUAAAGUGUCCCUGCCCCCUGCCCACGAAAACAGAACCCAAUCAAUCCAUCAAUAUGUUAAUUGUAAUUAUUGUGUAAAAAUUAGACUUUUGAAUUAAUUUGAAAUUAAUUUAAAAUAUUUGUAUUUUCAUAAGGUUAAGAUUUAAGGAAUUUCGUAGUCCCUUCUCGUAGCAUCAAGAAAAUAAAAGAAAAACCAGUUAAAAUUUGAGGUAAAUUCUGUGUGUGUGUGUGUGUGUCUGGGUGUGUCUGUAUGCGUGUGCAAUGCGAAUGCGACGAUUGAUUUAGAGGCCAUAAACAAUAUAUAAAAAAAGAAAGAAAGCAAUGUGUCCCCCAAAAAGUGAUAUUAGAGCGCAACAUAUUCUCUGUUUAAAUAAUCAUUUUCUUAACCCACAAGGCAACAUAACAUUUCAGAAUAGAAUCAUUCAAGCUUCAAGUUGUAAAUAUUGUAAGAAGAAAGAAGGAAGAUGAUGUAAUAAGUAGGAGCCCCCGAUGAGUCCCCCC